AGUACCUUCUGCGCCGAAUCCGGAGAAAAAAGAAAACCCUUUGCGGGCGAGAGGAAUACGAAACACACAUACUCACACACGUUCACCAUCAUGGGCUUGUUCUCAUUUUCACUCGUGUCUGCACCGACUGGGGUAUCCAAGGAUGCCGCAAAGGGUGCAUCGACCGCUUCUGCGAGUACGGAGGCAGAUUCUGAAAGCGCGCCUGUAAAAGACCGCUUGCCCGUAAAGUCUAAAUCCCUUCCUAUCGCGCAGCCGAUCCUGACGGAAGCGGAGCAGCUGGACCUCCUCGUCGGCGGUGCGCGCCUAGAUGACGCAGAGGCGAAAGACAAAGCCGCCUUCCUGCGCUCGAACAAGCGCCACACGUACCUCGACGGCUUCCUCAGCUGCGCGGUGUACACGUUCAGUGGGCUGCAGCACAUCCACGGCCAGAGUAACGCGCUCACGUUGCUGACCAUGUGGACGGUGGGGACGACGUUUCUGGUGGACGCAGGGGAGCGCACGUAUCUGCAGAAUGCGUUGCAGGGCACUCUUCCAGAUAUGCAGACACCAACCCGUGACGAGACGGCCGCGGAGCAGCAACAAAAUAAUGCCACUGCCACGUCGAUGAAAGGUGAUGAGAAUGUGCUGGAACGUGGCCGUAACGAGACAGCCGCUUCUGUUUCCACGGCGCUGUCGUCCACCAUGACUCCCGCCCCUGUGGAGGCAGGGAAGUUGGCGGAGCAGCAGCGCAAAAUCUUCCUGACGCAGACGGUGGCCUCGUGGGUGUGGAUGUUGGCGUCGUUUCAGCAGUUCAAAGUACACAAACGACUGAAGUGGUGCGGGUACAGCAGUUGGAUGGGACUGGGUUGCGUGAGUUACUUCACGACACGUCACAUGUAUAAUUUGCUGGUGGCGUAG